CCUCUUUGAUCCUCACUCUCAUCAUUCUUUAGCAGAACCAAAAAGGUGCCAGAAGAUCCGGCCUCUAGUUGCUCAAAUUGCCCUCUCCGGCAGUGCAGAUCUGUGAUCCUGACUCCAGCCAAUUCAGUGGUGGAGAUUGAACCCAGGAGCUGCCACGUGUGAGCUAUCAUGCCCCGGGGACAAAAGAGUAAACUCCGUUCUCGUGAGAAACGGCGCCAAACCCGAGAUGGGCCUCCUCGGAAUCUUGAAGAUGCUGAGGCCACUACAGCAAAGGAAGAAGAGGCCACCUCUUACUUUUCUGGUGCCGCUGCUCCAAGCACCUCAGCCACUGGUUUUCCCCAAAAAUCUCAGGAAGCGCCAACCACUACCAUGGCUGCUGUAGGCAUUUCACUCAAAAAGUCUGGUAAAGGUAGCAAGGGCCGAGAGUCAGAAGGUGGGCAUUCCUCUAAGUCUGCGGUAGCCAGUGAUAGAGGAUGGAAAGACUUGCUAAUGAGGAAGUCAGGGAUGGUGAUGCAAUACUUGCUGCUCAAGUAUAAGAUGAAAGAGCCCAUUCUGAAAGGAGAGAUGAUAAAAAUAGUCAAUAAAAGGUUCAAGGAGCACUUCCCUGAAAUCCUCAAGAGAGCGUCUGAUCGCAUAGAUCUGGUCUUUGGUCUUGAGUUAAAGGAGGUCAAGCCUAAGGGUAACUCCUAUACCCUAGAAAGCAAGCUCGACCUCAGCACCAAUGAGAAUCUCAUCAGUAACCUGGGUUUUCCCAGAACCGGGCUUCUUACACCUCUCCUGGGUGUGAUCUUCUUAAAUGACAACUGCACCACAGAGGAGGAGAUCUGGGAAUUCCUGAAUACCUUAGGAGUCUAUGAUGGUUGUGAUCACUUCAUCUUUGGAGAUACAAGGAAGCUCAUCACUCAUGAUCUGGUGCAAGAGCAAUAUCUGGAGUACCGGCAGGUGCCCAACAGUGAUCCUCCUCGCUAUGAGUUCCUGUGGGGUCCCCGAGCCCAUGUUGAAGCCAACAAGAUGAAAAUCAUGGAGUUUUUAGCCAAAGUUAAUGAGGCUGAUCCCACUAUCUUUCCAUCCCAUUAUGAAGAGGCAUUGAGAGAAGAGGAAGAGAGAGUUCAAAGUGAAGCAACAGCCUGCCGUAGCACUACUAAAGCCAAACCACGUCGUAAGGUCAAGUCCAAGAACUCUUCUUAGUGAGACCUGAGAUAGAGUCUCCACCUUUUCUUAAUGAAAAGGCCUACUAAUUUUUGUUCUUGUUUUAAAUUAGCAAGCCAUUGAUAAAUAUUUUUGUUUUGUAGUUUUCAACUGGUGUUCAAUGCUUAUUGAGAGUCAGAAUAUAAAUGUUUGGCAAG